CUACCCCGCCUGCAGACGACCCGAGAAGAACACUCCCCAGACACCAAUAUCACCGCAAUCGGGGUGAAAAAACCCUACUAGUCUUGCAGGAUCAAGAGUUUGACCAACAUGGCGACCAGAGCCAGAUCUCAUCUUAAACAAAGGGAGGGAGAGGAGGGACAGGAUUCUCCCCGUACCCACAAGUGCAGCUAUUGUGAUAAGGAGUUUCGCUUUAAAAGUAGACUCAAUCUACACCUGCGAACUCACACGGGUGAGAAACCGUAUAGAUGUGAGGAGUGCAGCAAACAGUUCAGUAGGCUUGGUACCCUGAAAAUACAUAUAAGAAAUCACACGGGUGAGAAACCGUAUAGGUGUGAGGAGUGCAGCAAACAGUUCAGACGGCUUGGUACCCUGAAAAUACACAUGAGUACUCACACUGGUGAGAGACCAUACCAGUGUGAAAAUUGCGGGAAACGGUUUAGUCAGAAAUCUAUUCUGGAGGACCACAUGAGAAUUCACACUGGUGAGAGACCAUACGAGUGUGAAUAUUGCGACAAAUGCUUCAGUCAGUCAGUUCGUCUGAAGUCUCACGUGCGGACUCACACAGGGGAAACCCCAUACAGGUGUGAGGCAUGUUGCAAGCAGUUCAGUAGGCUUGAUAUCCUAAAAAAUCACAUGAGAACUCACACGGAUGAGAAACCGUAUAGAUGUGAGGCAUGCAGCAAGCAGUUUACCAAACUGUCUUGUCUAAAAAAACACAUGCGGACUCACACGGGUGAGAAACCGUACACAUGUGAGGAGUGCAACAAGCAAUUCAGUGACCCGACUCAUUUUAAAAGACAUAUGCGGACUCACACAGGGGAAAAACCGUACAGAUGCGAGAAGUGCAGCAAACAGUUCAGUCAGUUGACCAAUCUUAUGAGGCACAUACGGAUCCACACCGGUGAAAAACCCUACACGUGUGAGGAGUGCGGCAAACAGUUCAUUCAGUUGUCGCAUCUGAAGAGUCAUAUGCGGACUCACACUGGCGAGACACCGUACAGGUGUGAGAAGUGCAACAAAAGCUAUCGUCAUUCACGUAGUCUUCGUGCUCACAUGAAAACUCACAUCGGUGAAAGUGUGUGAAUAACUGUUUGACGAUAACGUGUAUAUAUUCUUACACAUUAGAAAAAAAUACAUCAUAAGCUCGAUUAAUCUUUUUUCGUUUCAAAGUUUAAGGUGGGCUAUGAUUUACCGCUACUUAAUUCAGCCGUGUACUCACAACAUGACUUCACUGUCCAAAAAUAACGAGAACUGAAUUACAGUAUAGUAGUUACUAUCGUCACGUCCCGUACUUGGUUGGAACUAGAAGCGUUGUUAAAAAAACAGCCGUGGGAAUGUAUUGUAAGUUUAGAGUAGAGUAGUGCUAUACAUGAGAAAAGCAGUUGGUAAGGUAUCCCCCCAAAAGGUUAGUGAACCAGCCCCUGUUCAGAUAGGAGUGGAGACUGAGGGAAGUAGGUCAGACGGGGAGUCUGAUUGGAGAUCCAGAGGAGAGGGACUGGGAAGAUCUUGCCGUUUGGAGAGAAGUGACAAAUAAAAAAGGAUUGUGAAUUGCA